GCGGCAAGAUGGCGGACGAGCUGGACACGCUGCUGGACGAGGUGGAGCGGCGGCUGUGCCGGCGGCGCGGCGGCGGCGAGGAGGAGCCCGCGGCGGCCAAGGAGGGCAGCUCAGCUAAGGUGUUAAUGAGGGCUGGCAGCAGUGAAGAAGAUCUAGACGACAUUAUUGAUGAAAUCUGUAAUGACAGCAGCUUUACCACAACACCUCCGAAAUUGAAGUCUAAUUCUACAAGUCUCACACCUGGAAGAAAUAGUGUUGUUGUACAGGCACUUGGGAAAAGAUGCUGUCCAGUGUACCUGGGUGGAAGUCUUUCACCAUCUGGGAUAGGAACAAAUAUUUCGAAAAGAACGUGUGAUCAGCUACGUUGUACUGCUUGUGACUUCCGUGUGUCCCUUUUCAAUGACUACAUCUGGGAUCAAUCCUGUGAUUAUCUUUUUUUCAGGAAUAACAUGCCUGAGCUCAGUAAACUAAGAGCAAAGAUGAUAAAGAAGAAGGGAGCACGUGCAUAUGCUUGUCAGUGCAGCUGGAGAUCCAUUGAUGAAUUAACUGACCUCCAGACAGAGCCACAGCUUCGGUGGGUUUGUGGUAAACAUGGACAAUGAAGUCUCCUUGUGUGGGAUACCUACUUGUAUGGAAAUGGCUCUUAAAAUCAAUUUGUUUCCUACCCUGUUUUCUGAGAACAGAUGGAAAAUUAAAUACUUCGAUCUAGAAAUAGAUUAUAAUACCCAGAUUUCAACCUGAAAACUUUUUUUUUUUUUAAUUUAGCUGUCUUGCAAAGCAGUGUGGGGAGUUGAAUUAUUAGGAGAAAUAACCAACUUGGAGGCUUUCUGGAAGCUAAAUGAGGUUAAAGUUCAUACUCAGUAGUGUUAAACAAAA